GCAUUCACGCAUUUGAUGGUAGUCGGUCGACGGGUUCGAAUCGAGUCGUCGUCAUCGUCCGCGUUUUCGUCGCUUUUUCUUCCCUUACUGCAAGUUACCCAAAGGAAAGAAAAGUUUCAACCCGACAGAGUUUAAUUGUUUUAGUAACCUUUUUGAGCGAAUUAAGUAAAAUUUGCACCUCGGGAAGUGUAGAUUGCGGGCGUCGCGAUGUAGCGGUGAAGUUGCUAGUGCAAAAAAAAACGGGAAGAAAUUUUUGCAUGAAAGAUUUUUUCUGUUCAAUGUGUGUUGGAUGUGAGUGUGUGUGUGCGUUCCUGUGCCUACUUUGGCGUUUUAGAAGGCGAGAAGGAAUCGAGUUUUUUGUGGAAGCGUAAAGUGAAAAUACAAAAAAGCGAGGAAAAUGUCAACAUCAGAAAGAGUGGAAUGGGUGGAAAUAAUCGAGCCUCGCACCAAGGAGCAUAUGUAUGCUAAUUUGACGACGGGGGAGUGCGUCUGGGAUCCGCCCGAGGGCGUCAACAUCAAGCGCACCGAUGCGUCCCAGUGGUGGGAGCUGUUCGACACCAACACCUGCCGGUUCUACUACUACAACGUGGCCUCGCAAAAAACCGUCUGGCAUCGGCCGCAGAACUGUGAUAUCAUCCCGCUGGCGAAGCUGCAGACCCUGAAACAGAACACCGAUCCGGGCGAUCGGAAGGACGGUCACGGUGGUGGUGGUACACUGCAGCAUUAUGUUUCCAAGCAUCAUAGUGGGGGUGGAUCAGGGACGGUUGGCAAGACCUGCGGUCAUCGUACGGCAACCGGAGUGAUGGACUAUAGAGAUCGGGAUCAUCAUCGAAGUUCGAGCUCAGGCCAUCGAGGUGGUGGUGGUGGUGGCGGUCACGAUAAGCGAAGCAAUAGCGACCUACUGGCCAGUCCACAAGGUCGGCAUAGUCUGCAGCACAGACUACCACCCAAAACCACCGUCACUGAUGCAGGGUUUUCGAUGGGUGGCCGCACUGGCACGGGCGAAUCUCAUAAAUUUUGCAGGCACGGUCAUCCAAGUUCGGGUACUUCAUCCCGCAGCAGUCAGAAGUAUCUAGACUCGGGUAAGUCCAGCGAUAGCAGUCUGUCCAGUGCGCACGGUUACCACCGGCGCAUGCAGGAUGGCGGUAGCUUGCGAAUGGGCACCGGAACUGCAGGGAAAAAACACGUUGGUUCGGCCGGGGAUAAUUGCUACCGAAUACUGCAGGAGAGUUCAAGUUCGCACAACAUUCCUCACUCGAUACCAUCAUCUUCGGCCGAAAAACUAGGCAUCUCAUCGUUGCAUCACUCUCCACUGCCGCCACCACAUCAGAUGCUGUCCUAUUCGAUGUCCAAUUCUUCAGACCUUGCUGGCGGCGGAAAUCUUUCAUCCCCCUCGCACUCAAUGAGUACGCCCCAGUUUAAGAAAAAGUUCAUCCACGAAGGUAUGGGUGCUAAGUCAAACAGUACCGGUUUGAAGGACGGCAGCGGACUUGUUUCAAAGCAUGAAAGUUUUGACUAUUCUGGAACAGAUCCUUCUUCAUCGUCGGUCUCACUGACACGCUCUGGAAGUUUUCUUUCAUCGGCCGGUAUCACAUCGGCAGGGCCGAUGACCGGUACUCCUGUGUCCAACCGGCCGUACCCCCAUCAUCAAACGUCUCAACCGGGUCAGCAAGUGCCGCCACAGCAUGUCUCAUCACAUCGGAAGGGAAGUUUCGAUGGAAACAACGGUGGUGCCAGUGAUGAUUCCAUGCACGAAAAAUACUUCAAAUCAGUGGAAAACACCCCGGUCACUCGAAGACGCCAUACGACCACUUCCACGGUAAAGUCACCUUCCGUACAACAGCAGCAACAGAAGCAUUCGAGUGACUCUAGUCCCCAGAGUCCAAUCAGUCCACAGCAAGCGCACCAACAGCUGCAGCAGAAAAUAGCGAGGCCUUCGGCUCUGGCAGUGGAACUUUCACCGGGGACCAUCGCAGGCGGUUACAGCAAAUCUAGUCAGAAAAAUAAUGAUUCCGAACUGUUCAAUCUGGACCUAACCAGUAAGCCGGAAAAAUAUUUGGAUAAGAUGAAGAUCGACAAGGGUAAAAUUUCACCCAGUUCGAUUUCGAUGGGAGGCGGAGGUGCACCCCAGAAUGUUGGCCUACAGAAAGCUUCUUCAUCGAGCGCCAAGUUAUCUUCUAGUCAAACCGAGAUGGCAGCCGUUGUAGCCGGAUCGCAGAAAAUCGCCACCAGCAAAGAUCAGUUCUCCUUGAAUCUCAACAAACCAAAUUUGGAAAGGCACAACAAGGAGAUGCAACAGAAACAGCAAACAUUGGAAAAGAUUCCUGGUGCUGGUUCAGUUGCAUCAAACAAUUCGUCUUCGCACAAUAAGCAGCAACAGGGUCAACCACAGGAAAGAAAGAAAAGUAAGACUCAUACAGCCAAUCAGGGUACUGGCUUUGAUUUCGAUUACGACAACGGAAAUACUUCGCCGCUGUAUUGUAACUGGGAUAAGGAAAAGCUCGAACAUCUGCUUCCGCUACAGCACUACAUUUUGGAGCAGGCUAAACUGUCCGGAUGUUACGGGUUGGGUGAGUUCCUCGACUCGGAUUCUUUCCACUCGGACAGCCAAUCGGAGCAUUCAUUUUCCGGUCACGAACCUGACAAUGAGGACUCGGAUCAUUCAGAUGGGCACGGUGAUUAUCUGGCACACUAUCCCUAUGAGGAGUAUGGUGCAUACCGGAAGGAUGAUGGCGGCGGUGUUUCAUACUACAAUUUCGACUUUAAUUUUGGCGACAGGGAAGAGAAAGAAGAUAUUUCGGAAGAAGUCACAGCCAAACUAGAGAGUAUCCAGGAUCAGAUUUAUAGCCCGGUAAAAAAUCAUCCUCCCUUGCACAAAUACUCGCCGUUUCACGCGGCCAAACAGAGUCUGGAGAGUUCGGGCUUUGUGUCAGAUUCCGUCGAUAGGGGCGCAUCGGCUGACAGUAGUCAGGCUGGUUCCCAACAGCAUCAGCAAAAGGGGAUCAAUAAAGCAAGUCUUUUACAAAGGUUCCAGGAAAAUUUGCUUUCGCACGGUUCUGGAGUAGUAGUUGGUGGCAAUGGGAAAAUUGCAGAGAUGGCACUGUUGAAAGAGUGUGAUAUCGAGAAGUUUGCACAAGACAAUUUAAAUCUACACUCGAAGGGGAUUUUCCGAAAAAAGUCAUCCAUUCAGGAUAUGCUGAGUUGGACACCGAACGCCAUAAGCCGACCGAUGCUCUCGCUGGCGAGGGACAAGGCCGGUAAAAAGAUGGCCACCGAGCUGUUUAAGCUGGUUCAGAUUUACAUGGGUGAUCGAAAGGCCCGUGUUGGAAUGAGUCUAAACUCGGUAGCGAUCGAUAUCAUCACUAUGGCGAUGGGUCAAGCGCAACUGAGAGACGAGCUGUACAUACAAAUGUGCCGACAAACGACGGAGAAUCCCAGUCGGGAUUCCUUAAUCCGAGGUUGGGAGUUGAUGACGAUUUGUUUGUCCUUUGUUCCACCAUCGCCCACAUUUCAACCGGCCUUGUUGGGGUACAUUAAUCGACACCGGGAUCCAUCGUUUGCCACCAGCUUUCCAGAGGUUGGCAAGUGGCCAAUCCAUGUACAGAUUUCACACUAUGCUACCAUUGCAUGUCGGAGGCUAGAUCGAAUAGGUAGCUCUGGCCGAAAGCAAGCUAAGAAGCCUACGGAAGACGAUAUUAAUCAGGCGCGGGAGCAAAUCUUCCGUGACAGCAUGUUUGGAAAUACGCUUAAUGAGGUGAUGUUACUGCAAAAGGAUAAGUUUCCCGAUUUGCAGCUGCCAUGGAUUCAAACUACACUCUCGGAGCAGGUAUUGUUGCUGAAUGGAAAACAAACGGAGGGAAUUUUCCGAGUACCAGCCGAUGUGGAUGAGGUCAAUUUACUGAAGAACCGAUUAGAUCGAUGGGAGUUUCCGGAAAAUAAAGGAACAAUGGAUGCUCAUGCACCUGCGAGUUUGCUGAAAUUGUGGUAUCGUGAGUUGUACGACCCUCUCAUUCCGGAUGAGCUAUAUGACAGUUGUGUUGCUACAGAGGAUCCCGUUGAGGCAGCCGCGAUAGUGGAAAAGUUACCUAAAAUUAAUCGUUUGGUGCUUACCUUUUUAAUACACUUUCUGCAACAAUUCGCCCUGCCGGACGUGGUAGCCAACACCAAGAUGGAUUCGUCCAAUCUGGCGAUGGUUUUCGCACCGAAUCUACUUCGCUGUCAGUCUCAGGAUCCGAAGGUUAUCCUCGAAAAUGCUCGCAAAGAGAUGGCCUUUAUGCGCACACUGAUACAAUACAUGGACACAUCCAGUGUAGCAUAUCUGGUUUGAUUUGUCCUGCUUCGUUCGAUCCAUCGCCGUGCUAACCUCGUCGGGUGUACUUUGUGAAUAAUAUGCUCUCAUUGGUUUCUAUCGUAACCUGGAGCGACGCUUCUUUCUAUGCUUAUAAGGACCGGUCUAUCUCAACGGAUAGACACCAACAGGAACUUUGUAUAUAAUAUGCUUAUUUUUUAUCGUUUGUUUUGUAUAUUUUAACUCCUAGACGGUUUUGAUUAGAAAAGUGGAAAGAUGACCAAUUCUAUACCUUACCAAUGAUUGGAAACAGCGUAACCAACUCUAUAUCUCUCAUCAAAGCAACGAAUCGAAUUUGUUUUACAGAUAUCACAAAGAAAUAUCGCAGUGGCGUAGUCAGGUAUUUAAAGGUUAAAAUGUUCUUAUAUCGGAACGAAAGGAGAAUCAAAUUCCAAACAAACUAUUUAGCUGUUGAACAAUGUUCAAUUAGUUUAUUUGUCAUGACUCGUGCGUUGGCUUCAAAGUGCCAAAGCAUUUGCGAUUCUAAGUCUCUUAAAACUAUGGGUGUCUGGGUAAUUGGCAUAAUGGACAAUUGGUCGGUGUUAACGAACUUAGUGACAAUAUAUUUAUUUCGAGAAAAACGAGUUUAAAGUUUGAGUCGCAGCAUCCUUUACAUUAUAAUCGGAAAUUAAUGUUUGCCAUAAUUCUUGUUUAUUGUUACAUAUUUCAAAUCUGGCAAAAGUCGAAUGUAGCUGAUGAAAUUCUUUAUCCAGUGCUAUCAUUAUCUCAAUUUUUGAUGUUUUGCGACUUAGUCCGGUCCAAUUUAACACCGACCAAUUGGCAUAAUUUAUUUUAUCUUCAGGAUAACGGUCAUUUAGCAUAACGGUCAUUUGGCAUAAUUUCUAAUUUUCGUAAAGUGGGAGUCAUUUGGCAUAACGGAUAUUGGGCACAAUUUUGGGGAGUGAUCACACUAAAGGUCAUUUCCCAUUUUUUUUAUUUACAGGGAAACGGACACAGUUUUAGACUGUGCGAACAAUAAGAUCAUUCUGCACAAUUUUGAGGCGUGCUACUGCUGAAAAUCCAAAAAAAUAGUUUAUUCUUUUUUACAAAUCAAUAAAUCAUCCUUUGAAAAACUUAGCGUUGUCCAGUUUCUGAUAAAGUGAACUGCAACCGCCAACUGCCAAACAACCUGCAAGAUGUUCACUUAUCAAAAGUAUGCCAGAUAUCCGUUAUGCUAAACGUCCAUUGUGCCAAAUGACCUUAUGCCAAAUGGCCCGCUUUUAACUAUGAGAGUUAUAGUCGGUAUUUUUAUAAAACCAAUCAAAAUAAUUUCAUAAUUACAUAAAACUAGAAACAUAAUUUUCGUUUUACUAUGGAUAUUACCAUUUUUUCGUUUAUCUUGGGGAAAAAGUCACUUUUAACUGGAAGAUUUUAUUUUAUCCUGUUUCGGAAUAGCAUUAGGGCUGGAUGUACUGGAUACAGGAUUUUGACGAAAAAAAGAGGUGUGCGCCGCUGCUCCACGCCGCCUCCGCCAAUGACUUUUACACACCGUCGAUCUCAGAGUGCCGGACACUGUAUGAUCCUUUUCUUAAUGAGAUACCUGGGCAAAAUAUUCAGUUUUGUGUAAUAAACGAGAAAAGUAGUCCAGAAAACACUGUUAUUUUCUAUUUGAAGAGCAAGACUCAAAUUGUGAUGUUCUUUCAAUUGGCUUAUUUGACAUGGCUCAUAUCUCAUAGUUUAACGGAGUCGUGGGUAUUUGAUAUUUAUAAUAUAUCAAAAAUUUAAUUGAUUUGUCAAUGGAUUCCGUGUACGUUUCUAUUGCAUGUGGAGAUCUUCUUUCAAAGCGAGGAAACAUUUGUCUUUUGGUAUCUGGGGGUAUGUCAUUCACGUCAAGGUCUUCAUCUUUAAAGUUCUCUUGGUGGCUGCGAUCUGAUUUUAUCUCUGGUUUAUUGCACAUACAGGUGAGCCUCGUAAAACCGUCCUCAUAGUUGUUAACUUCCUCGCCGAUGGUGCCAACAAUUGAUGCUGUUUUUCAGUUCAUUAUUGCCUGAUUUGUUUGGAUUAGUUUGUCUGAAAUGAGUAGAAAGUGUGCAGUAGAUUGGGAUGAAUUCUACUUCCUCGCAAGAUUGUUGCAUAGCGUGGUUUGUUUAAUAACAGUUCCUUGGAAGAGAUGAAGGAAUAAGUCUUCCAAUCUGCGUUCUCACCACAAGAAAAACCAUUAGGAAUACUUGCGAAAUAGUUUCUCAAAGUAACAAGUGUAACGGUUUUUACUUCUUAGCACAUUUUACAUUAAAAUUAUCAUGGAAAAACGGUGUAAAAAUAACCUAGUGGAUCGAUCCUUUUCAUACUUUCAGAUAAUAAAAUAUAGCCAAUUAGUAAAAACUGACGCCGAUAAAAAUACAGUGUAAACAAUACACUCUAAACUACUUCUGCCCAAAUUUUCAAGAUAGGUCAUGCAGGCUUACCUCUAUAUUGUCAUUUUUCAUGUACACGAAAAUCUUAAUUCCAACUUUCAACCACGUUUUUUAGGUUCUUCUGCAAAACGAACCUUUCUGCUUGACGUAACGUGUUGAAUGAUAUCAUUCUGCAAAGCGCAGGAUAUGCCCCUGAAUAUAGGCGCUUUCCGCUUUACAAAAUCUGUCGUACAGAAUGUCCCGUUUUUGUCAACUUUACCCGUGGGCCGUCACAGCACCAGGCCUUCAAUUUACCGCCAAAUAUGGAGCGAUCUCAAAUGCAACAUUUAGGCGAUUUGCCCAAAUCGCCCACGGAACCCGCAAUUUAAUCGCCCUUAAUAGCCUAAUUCGAAAAUUAUAAAUAAUUUAUUUUUGGGUUCAUUACCCACAUACACUCAUCAGCAUACUAGGUAAUCACCGCCAAACUACAGGAAGAAUCAAUGGUGAAAUUGAUAUUGCACACCAAAAUUUACCACAAUCUGACGUUCGUUAAGACUCUUGGUCAGUGAUCUGAUGGUUCUACUAUAUUUACAGGCGAUUCCACAAUUUACUACAUUCGCUGGCUAAAUGAAGUGCACUAGACAAACAAAGUACAAGCGAAAGCAUGCGAAUUGCUUAUAAAAUAAUUUUAAGCUAAAGCCAAACAUGAACCGCCAUGUUCGAGAAACGCGAAAAACAACCAAGUCCAUUUCAGCUGCCAGAAAAUUUGUCUAAUUACUGCAUUUGCCUAUCUCAUUCGCAUUUAAAAGCAGCAGAUGCCAGGUGCGCUACUAAGCUUGACUGAAUUGAUUAUAACUAAUUACUUAAAACAGUUUCAAAAUUUGAAUGUUUAAAUUAUCGAACUAAAAAUUAAAAAGUAAAAUUAAAUUCAUCAAGUGAAAGAAUUUUUUUAACAUUUUUAUUAAAGAGAAAAAUGCUGCAGAUGCACUACGUAGUUCUCUUAUAUUGAUGUUGGAGUUGGAAAGAUUUUUUUAGACUUGGAUGAUAACUGUUGUUUUUGCUUCUGAAUUUUUAGUAUAAUUUCAAAUACCUGUAGAAACCUUGUGCUCACAGUCUUAUCCCUCAGCAGAGUAUUACCCCUCAAUUUUUCUCUGCGUCUAGCUAUCACUUUGACAAGCCUGCGUUCACGCGCUUCCGGUAGCCUUUUCAGCAAGAGGUUUAACAAGUUUCCGGCUCGACGUGUAAGUCAUUCGCGUAAUAAAGUACUCUAUUUUAUUUUCUUUACCUAAAAAACGUGUUCAGUGUAAAAUCGCUUCCGAACGUCCCGUAAAAUACCACAUACACAUGUUCAUUAUAUUAUAUCCUUUACAAAAAAAACAACCAAAUUUCUGACUACACUGCUGAAAUAUUUGUUUAUAAACUUGCUGUUGGUAGAGCUGCUAAAAAUGUGCCUAAAACAUAUGACACAACGUAAAAGCACAAUUUUUUUUCACAUUUUCACGGCAUUUAGUUUUAAAUACAGAUAAUUAUAAUAGAUUUCCGUAUUUUUUCUUUUGUUUUAAUUUGAAAAUACAGCAAAAAAAUUGACCUAUGAGGUUCAGUUUGGUGUGGAGUUGGAUACCGUUAAACGUUUUGCAUUUCUCAUAUGAUUUCAAAGUACGCAGUUUAUGUUACCAAAUUGCAAUAUUAUUUCCCAAAAAUUUGUUCAAUCCUACCAACAGAUGACAAUUAACCGUUUGAGUAUACACAUUAUUAAAAAAAAAUCACAAACUAAUGAUAGAUACCGGAUCACAAAACUGCUACUCAAUACUUCUAUAAAAGAGCGAAAGUAAAUAUUUAUCAAUUGGAACACUGAUUCCACAAUCCUUUGUAAGGUAAUAUCCAAACUACUCGGUAAACAUUAUAAAUAAGCCGAAUGAUCGUAAAAAAUAGCUUUUAUGAACACUUUAUCAUCCACAUGGGAACAUUUCGUAUACUCAACUUGUCAAUAAACAAUUUACAAGAAUUCAUUUGAGUUUAAAAGCCAUACUUUCCUACUACAAUGGAUUUCGUUAUUUUAUACAUAUUCCCUCUCUUCUCCAUUCCUGCUGACUUUCAUUUACUCGUUGUUUUUGUUUUAGUUGUAGAAAAUUCUAUAUUUUAGAAACUGAAACACGUUUUACAACCACGUGAUGAAGAAAACCAUACCAAAUUUGACUUAGAGUUAGUAUAGCUUUAAUUUAAUGAACACUAAAAGUAAUCGUUGAAACAUUUACAAUAAGAUUGAUUAUCAAGAAAAGAAUCAGACUUCUAAACGAAUAUCCUAUUUGCAGAAAACAUAAACUAUUAAACCACCAUUGGGCACUGACUGCGACAGAUCUAAUGUAUUUAGUCUGAUUAGCUUUGGCUGCACGUGAAAGAAUCAGCAAAGGCCUGGCUCUAUAGUGUUAGAAUGGUAUAUUUUACAUAUGGCUAGGCUUCCGGUGCACAGUCUCCUAAAUUAUCAGUAACAGCGUCACAAGUUUUUCCCUUGUCCUGCUACUUUCUCUCUGUAUUGCUGCUAGUUUUCUGAAAGUCGUCAAGAUGAUUCGUUACACUUACGAUACUACACAAAUAUUUAUUUUGGAUGCAUUGGAUUCAAUUACUUUUUGUCAAACGUGAUCGCUACAUUACAAAACAAAACAAGCCAAUGUAUAUAAUAAGUUGUACGCAUCGCCUGUAAAACAAUUAGCAGAACUUAUGAUUAUACAAUAAACAACCAACAAAAAAAGACAUUUAUUGUUAGCUUGUGACGAGGGAAAAUGAAAAGAAAGUUUAUAGAGUACAGAUAAUCAAUAGAACGAAUAACGAAUGAUGCAACGGAGCACAUGCAAAACGGUACAGCAUGAAUACAAUUAGAGACAGUCAAAACGUAUCACUGAAACAUUUUUUUGCGCUGCCGUUUGUCAACAGAACGCGACAUGACAACAAAACAGCAAUUUGUAUUGCAAAAUAAAGGAACUCAAAAUCAGACAAGAAUAAAUUAUUAUUACAAUCUGAGAUAAUAUAUAAUAAUGAUAAUAAAUUAUAUGAAAAUACAAUAAAGUCAUGAAAUAUGA